CAAACCACCCAAAAGCCACCCCCAGAAACCGGCGGUCCUUGGGUGUUCCGGAUCUGAGCCAGCAGCUGAGAAGAGGAUGAGCGCCGUGGCCGCCAUGGCGACGUCGUCGCUGAACCCCAACGCGCCGCUCUUCAUCCCGGCGGCGUACCGGCAGGUGGAGGAAUUCUCGCCCGAGUGGUAUGAGCUCGUCAACACCACCGCCUGGUUCCGGGACCACUGGUUCCGCCAGCACCAGCACCACGAGGCCGCCUUCGCCGCCGCCGCCGACGCCGAGCUCGACGUCGCCGCGCUCCUCCCCGACGACUCCGUCGACCUCCUCGACACCGACGACCUCUUCUACGCGCCUGACGUCCACCACCCCCACAACGCCAAGCCGGCGCUGCUGCCCGGGUACGACCUCGACAUGCUCAGGGCGCUGAGCCUCAGCUCCCCCCGGGCCGCCGCCGCGCCGUCGCCGUCGCCGUUGCUGCGCGCCCAGCAGCAGAGGCACGCGGACAGGCCGGCGCACCACGCCAGGGGCGCCGCGCGCCGCGUCAUCAUCCACCAGCCUCGCUAGAAGCAGCCUGCUCAUGGCGGGCCGCCGCCAUGGCUGUUGUGCCUAGUGUAACCUCAAGCAAGUCUAGUCUGUUUCUGUCUGUGUAUACGACUAAAAAAACAACAGAUGGAAGAUUCGGACGAGGCGGCCAGUGCUCUCUCCUCGUAGCCAGCUUCUCCUGUUCCAGCUCAGUUCUUGUUCAUCCAGCAGAGCACCCAAAAAAAAAAAAACAGGCGGAGUGAUGUACUUACUAUUCCUCCUCCUCCUCCUCCCAUGUCCAUGUUGUUGAAUAUAUAUAUGAUGGCAAGCAGCCUGAUCUUUUCAAUUCUUCUUCCAUUACUACCUCGCUUUGCUUCAGUUGUCCUAUGAUUCAGAUGGAACUGAGUUGUCAACGACUCCAGGAUGCUACAUGUGCCGAGCUACUCUCCAGAUGACUUUCGGGAUGUCUAGCUGUCAGCAUCCACUGAAGAAGAAUCGGUCCUUGAAACGAAGGCCGUAGGAAGCACUGAUGGACCACUGAUUUUACCACCAAACAACAGGUGUAACAUAAAGCAACCUACGCCAGUUGCACUGUCUGUCAGCAGGUAUAACCGAUGGUAGUUUAGCAACAGAUUGCAACCAGACUAGCUCAGUUUGCUCCAGAACAUUUGCGCUAUACCAGAUUUCCUAAGUCGCAGCCACUUCAGUCCAUUCCUCAGAAAGCCACAAAGAGAAGUCCAUGUCGGCCGCACACCUUCCUUACAGACGUCAGGACGACUCCUUGACAGGGACAUGACACCUUCAAAACGAAUAAUUCGAAGCUUUUUAU